AGAUAUUUUGCAUAUUUUUGAGUUAAAGAAUUUAUUAUAAUGCAUUUUCAUAUUACUAGCAUCUGCAUAACCAUUGCAAUGUUUUUUGUUAUGAUUAGGGGGGCUGCAUUUGGUGGGGUACAGCUGGUUAGGCGAGAUACAAAAGAGGUUGUGAAGCAAAUAGCAAAUGAUACUGGUUUGAAGCCACUACUUAAUGCUACGAAUCAAAGUGGAUCCCAUGGGAGUAUUGUUGAAGUGGCUUUGGAUACAUCAAAUGGUACAGCUCUUAAACCCACUGGUGGUUCUGAUCCAAAUGGAUCGAUUCGUGUUUCAAUUGCAACUGGUACAUUCGUUUUGGUUAUAUUGGCAUUUAUAGGAUCUCUUGCAUCUUUUUGAUUAGAUGGAUUCAUUGAGUUUUUCAGC